AAACCGCUGUCUCUCGGAAGUUGCUCACUCCGCAUUGUUGUCCUGGGUGCCCGUGGUCGUCGGGGCCAUCUGUGUUUUUGUCUUUUACAGGUUUUAGGGCGCAUUCAAAUCACAAGGUAAGCCAUGCCGUCAGUCCCCUCAACCAAAGAGACCCCCGUCAAGGGCCCCGUGUGCCCUCACGCUGCCAAGCUGCUCAACCACACCAACGGAGAGGGCAAACUCCGGGAGGGUUCGUUCCCUGUGAACGGGGUUGACAAGCUGCCGCCGGCGGACACGGAAGAGGCCAACAGAACCAUUCAGAUCAACACAAAGAACGGCGCUACUGAGAGGAAAUGGAUCCGGCCCGACCUCCCCAGCCGCUGCAAAUGGAGCCUUGGAGCAUCGAAAGCUGACUCCCCACACACACAAGCCCAAAGAGAGGUGGCUCCAGCCAUUCUCCCAAACAUCCUGCACAGGAUCGGAGACACUCCCUUGGUUCGCAUCAACAAGAUCCCCAAAGCGUUUGGACUUAAAUGCGAAUUACUGGCCAAGUGUGAGUUUUUCAAUGCUGGCGGCAGCGUCAAAGACCGGAUCAGCCUGCGUAUGGUGGAGGACGCUGAGCGAGCGGGGAUCCUCAAGCCUGGAGACACCAUUAUAGAGCCAACCUCUGGAAACACUGGUAUUGGAUUGGCUCUGGCUGCAGCUGUGAAAGGCUACCGCUGCAUCAUCGUCAUGCCAGAGAAGAUGAGUAUGGAGAAGGUGGAUGUCCUGAGAGGUCUCGGAGCCGAGAUUGUCCGCACACCCACCAGCGCUCGCUUCGAUUCACCAGAGUCUCACGUGGGCGUGGCUUGGCGCCUUAAAAAUGAGAUCCCCAACUCUCACAUCCUGGACCAGUACCGUAACCCGAGCAAUCCUCUGGCUCACUACGACACCACAGCUGAGGAGAUCCUGGAGCAGUGCGACGGUAAACUGGACAUGCUGGUGGCAGGAGCAGGCACAGGCGGGACGAUCACAGGCAUCGCCCGCAAACUGAAGGAAAGAUGCCCAAAUAUCAAAAUUGUUGGUGUUGACCCAGAAGGCUCCAUCCUGGCUGAACCCGAGGAGCUCAACAAGACCGAUAAGACCCAGUACGAGGUGGAGGGUAUCGGCUACGACUUUAUCCCCACCGUGCUCGACAGAUCAGUGAUUGAUACCUGGUACAAAUCGGAUGAUGAGGAGUCCUUCAACAUGUCUCGCAUGCUCAUGAGAGAGGAGGGUCUGCUGUGUGGUGGCAGCUCUGGGACCGCCAUGGCAGCGGCAGUAAAAAUGGCCAAAGAGCUGGAGGAGGGUCAGCGCUGCGUGGUCAUCCUGCCAGACUCCAUCCGCAACUACAUGUCUAAGUUCCUGAGUGACAAGUGGAUGGUCCAGAAGGGCUUCCUGAGUGAGGAGGACCUCAUGGUGAAGAAACCAUGGUGGUGGAACCUGAAGCUGCAGGGUUUGAACCUGUGCGCCCCGCUGACCGUCCUGCCCACCGUCUCCUGCCAGAGGACCAUUAAAAUCCUCAAGGAGAAGGGCUUCGACCAGGCGCCCGUGGUGGAUGAGGCUGGGUUAAUCCUCGGCAUGGUGACUCUCGGGAACAUGCUCGCCUGUAUUCUGGCAGGGAAGAUCAAGCUGUCAGACCCGGUCAGCAAAGUGCUUUACAAGCAGUUCAAACAGAUCCGUCUGACUGAUAAUUUGGGAAAGCUAUCCCGUAUCUUGGAGACUGACCACUUUGCCCUCGUGGUGCAUGAACAGAUCCAAUACUUGACAGACGGCUCUCCGAGUCUGAAGCAGAUGGUGUUCGGGGUGGUGACUGCCGUCGACCUGCUCAACUUCGUCACAGGCCGAGAAAGGAGAGAGCGCUCAAUGUCAGAGUCCACCGAUGAGCUCAACUGAAGCGCACAGUACAUACUUGUACAUUUCUAACACAAACACAAUGAUGAGUUUAGUAGACGUGUCUGAAUGACGGAAAAUAUAAUCUUGUGAAGUUUUUGAUCGAGGUUGCUCUUUAUAAAAGAUACAUUUUUUUGUAUGUUUUAAGUCUUAAGGUAUGAUAAGCAAAAUAUGCGCCAGUAUGUUUCGUAGGGUUCCUUAUUAUAUGAAGCAGUUGAUUAUUACUUAUAUUUGCUUUUAGCACUCAAAGCAAUUUUUUUUUAAGUUUCUAAUGUGUAGAAAGCUUUUUGUUUUGUAUCUGUUGCUGUUUUGUUUGUCUGAAAAAUACAAAGAUUGUUUCACCGUGGGCCUUGUGCACCAAUCAAACAUCAGAUAUAAGGCAUAGAAUUAUAUAAAAGCCACAUUCAUGUCAUUUAUCCAGAUUAUUAUACAAGUAGGAAGCUGCUGUAUAUACGCAUAUUAUCUUUCCAGUGCUGCUCAUUACGUGCUGCGUUUCCAUUUGUGUAUUUGUCACAGAAAGAGAAAUCAAUGCAGAGUGUAAUCAAAUUUCUUGAGAGAAAUCGUGUUCUUUUAAUUUACUUUUUCCACACAGCGGCGCCUGUGGUGUAACUGUAAAGAGGUCUUGACUAUUUAAUCUUACCUGUGUCUGAGAGAAACAUUUUGUAUUGCAUCAUUUUUUCUUUAAUGAAUGUGUAUGAUUAAAUAAAGUUUAAAGGAA